AUGGCAUCAAUCCAGCCAAUCUACACCAUCACAGCCUCACUAAAAACCUACAAAACAGAAGACGUCGAGUCGCCCGACCUGGAAGAUGAAUGCUACGUAUGCAUGCGUCCAUUCGAUCACGUCGACAACGAAGACGACCCAAACGAACUUCCAUGCAAAGCAGUGCGACUCUUACCCUGCGGCCAUCUCAUCGGCAGCGAGUGUCUCAAGAUGACAACUUCGAAGCUCAACAUGGCAAACUGCUCUCUCUGCGCAGUUCCUCUCGCCGUCAAACAUGCGAGCCCCAUGAACCACGCCAUGUGCUGUCUCUUGUCGAAUUGCUACACCAAGACACUGGUCGACCACGCACUGCUGGUAGGAUCUGUACUCGCAGGCCCGCAAAUCGCGAGUGUCCCUCUGCUUUGUCGAUCACAUACACAAUCUCACGAACUGAAGAUGGCGCUACUCUCAUACGCCUUCUUCGCACGACAGUUGACAUGGGCAGACGCUUUCUCGUUCUGGCUUUAUUACAUGAAGCUGGUUUUCGUAUCUUUGGGGGGCGUGACACUGUUUCUCCUGUCGAUAGGCCUUCUGAAGAGGCUGGAUGAUCUCUAUGGCGCUCCCAUUGAGAUGUUCUUUCUCUCCACUCUACUGAGUACGGAUUGCAGGAUCCACCUCUCCGAGACUGCCAUGCGGAUGGUCGUUCAGGCUCUAUGCAUCAUUACCGGAAUGAGUGUUCAGGUCGCUAUGGUACGACAGCCAAGGCACCAGAACACGCUCGCGUUUAUGAGGGGUGCUGCAUUCUUAAGAGAGGCUCUGAUGAUCUUGGGUUGCGAUGUUUUCAUUUUUGUGGGUGUUGCCUCGGUCCUGACAAAGACGUUGGAGUUCGUGGUAAUGGCUGUUAACAUUACGGUGCUUGUUUCGUAUGGGCUGAGGCGGAGAGGGAAGAUGUUCAGAUAUGCGUGCGGGUUCAUGCUAGCGGCGGUGCUGAUACAUUUGGUGAAUCGAUUUCGUCCAAUAUCCUUCGGCGAAUCUUCGCGGACGUAG